AUGACUUGGAUCAUAGGGCAGAACAUGAGUACAAAUGAAAAUGCCAGUCGGGACAAUUUCGUCUAUCUGCUUAUUCUGCUAAUUAGAUCACUUGAUACAUCUUUCUACUUUGCAUCGUUGUCCAAAAACCGGGGUAGUAUAUCCGAAUUCCGUGGGAAGAGCGGAUCAGGAUCAGCCGCCGGCAGUUUCAGUCAGCCUGUCAUCAGAAACAUCGCAAACAUUCAGGGCCUCUCAGCACCGUAUCAUGACAUGGUAACGAUGGUAAUGAUGCAAAAAUGGACACGAGAAAAUGUGUGA